AUGGCGGCCAAGAAGGCGCUGGGCGCUGGCGGGGCUGCGGCAGCGCCGGCCGAGCUGGCCUUUCUCCGGCCCAAGGUGCGGACGACGACGCAGACGUACAAGGCGCGGAUGGAGCGCGUCGAGGCGGUGGAGGCUGCACCGCAGGCGCCACAGCCGUGGCUCAAGCUGGUGGCGUACGAACAGACCAAGCCCCGGCACCGGUCGGCCAUCACCCGCAACCGGUUUAUGGAGCGGAUUCUGGUACGCGCGACCGAGUCGAUCGACCUAGCGGUGUACGCCAAGGAUCCUGACACGCUCAAGCUUUGGCACAUCUACCUCGACCAAGUGGUGGAGACGGCGACGCUGGAGACGCGGGCCGAUGCUCUUGCGCGAGUCCGCGACGCGCUCAACUAUAUGAAGAACCAGUCGAUUGGGACGGAUGCUGCCACGUUUUACGUGUACUGGGCCGAGUUUGAGACUCAGCACGGGGGCGACGUUCCAGCGGCGCGGCAGAUCUUGCUCCGCGGGCAGGCUCGUGGCGCCGAGCCGCUUGCUGAAGUCAACGCGGCGCUCAACGCGCUGCCGCCGUGCCUGGACGACAACGUGCGGCUCGGGCUUGCCGGCGACGACAUCUCGGACGACGAAGACCUCAUUCCAUCGUCGCUGCGGCGAUCGUCGCGGACGGCGUCGUCGUCAGAAAGCGGCUCGCCGGGGAAGGCGCAGGGCGCAGGCGGACGGGCCGAUGCCGACGACGACCUGGAGGCGACGACCAACUUUAGCGCACCGACGCCGGCCGGCGGCGAGGACGGCGGCGAGACGCUCUCGUUUAAGGAUAUGGACAUUGUGGAGAUUAUCAAGCCGCAGGUCAAGGCCGAGCUGGAAGAACUAGAGGCCGAGUCCAAGGGCGGCAACACGGCGGGCAACUCGACCAAAUUUGAGUUCCGGCCGGACGACUUUGUCAUUCCGCCGUUCCGCGGCACGACGGCCGAGAUCAAGGCGGCAGAUGCGGCGGCGGCGAGUGCGGCAGUGGCGGCCGAGAACCGGGCGCGGGCUGCAGCUGAUGAAGGUGAGUCUGAAGCGACGGCUACGGCGGAUGCCGACGACACGACGAUUGCGGGCGGGCCGCCAGCGGCGCCGCCGUCUGCGGCCAAGAAGACGCCGCGGCGGCGUCGCGAGCUGACGCCGGCAGCGCUGACUGAGCUCCGCAAGCGGCAGCUGGGCUCGCCGGCAGCGUCGCCGCGGGCGGUCAAGCGAAGCAAGCCGCUCGACAGCGGCUCGCCGUCUGUCGAGUCCGAGUCGUCCGAGGGCUCGCCGCCAGCAGGGGCGGCGGCGACGCCUGCGCGGGCGACGCCUGCGCGAGCGACGCCUGCGCGGGCACCGCUCCAGGCACUGGUGGCGACAAACUCAGCGCAGGACAUCGAGUCGACGCCGGUGGCGAACACGCAAAGCGCAUCGCGGGUGAUGGCGACGGUCUCGCUCUCGGGCCCGCGGCCGAGCGGGAGCGUGAGCGGGAACGGAACGCCCGGGGUUGCAGCAGCGCCGCGGUCUGCGGGUGGGGCGAGCAGCGGCGCCGGGCCGCGGUCUGCGCCGCGUGGGAGCGCGGGCAGCAGCAAUGCGCUCGGCGUGCCUGCAGGCAACUGCUUUGUGAUCAAUGGGCGUUCUUUUGUCAAGCUGGAGAUUGUGGGCAAGGGCGGGUCGUCCAAGGUGUACAAGGUCAUGGCGCCGAACCGCAAGAUCUACGCGUGCAAGCGAAUCAAGUUCCGCGGCGAGUCGCAGGAGACGAUCGAGAGCUACGUCAAUGAGAUCACGUUGCUGAAGCGGCUGCAGGGUCACGACAACAUCAUCAACUUGCUCGACUCUGAGGUCAAGGUCAAGGAGAACGAGAUCUACCUGAUCAUGGAGUACGGCGAGACGGACUUGUCGUCGCUCCUCAAGCGGCAGCGGGCGUCAUCGGCGUCGGGGCGAGUCGACGACAACUUUGUGCGAUUUUACUGGCAGCAGAUGCUGCAGGCCGUCCACACCAUCCACGAGGAGCGGAUUGUGCACGGUGACCUCAAGCCAGCCAACUUUCUGCUCGUCGACGGCCAGCUGAAGCUCAUCGACUUUGGCAUUGCCAAGGCCAUCUCGAACGACACGACCAACAUUGUCCGCGACAACCAGAUCGGGACGCUCAACUACAUGUCGCCCGAGGCUAUCCUCGACACCAACUCGGCGAGCGGGUGCGGCGCGGGCGGGAUGAAGAUGAAGCUCGGGCGUGCGUCGGACAUCUGGUCGCUCGGGUGCAUUCUGUACCAGAUGGUGUACGGCGAGUGCCCGUUUGCAGGCCUCAACGUGGUGCAGAAGCUGCAGGCCAUCAUCAAUCCCAACUACACCAUCAAGUACCCCGAGACCUCGGUGACGCCUGCGCUCGUUGACCUUGUGGCGUCGUGCCUUCGGCGCGAUCCCAAGGAGCGGCUCUCGAUUCCGCAGCUGCUGGACCACGCGUUUGUGCGCCCGGUCCCGCUCACCCGGGCCUCGCUCUCGGCGGUUGUGGAGGCAGUCCUGCGCUCGGGCGCCGAUCUGCGCCACUCCAAGUCGGUGGCGCACCUGGCGUGGUCCGCGCUCGAGGCGGCCGGCUCCUCGCUCAACGAGCUCAACACCCGGCUCGGCGCACUGGCCGAGGUGGCCAAGCCUGCCGAGCCGCGGGCGAGUGCGGCGCCUGCUACCGCAGGUGCCGCGCUGAGCGCGUCCGCCUCGGGCCCGCCGGUUGUCCUCGACACGACCGCUAUCGGCGCCCAGCGGGCGGCACUCCAGCCGCUGGCCACCUCGUCGUCUGCGCGUUGGAUGAAGAGCGGCGCGUCCGGCGAGCCGGCCUCGCUUGAGUCGGUCCUCAAGGCCGGCCUGCAGCGGAUGGGCAAGGCCGCCAUGGAGGGCGGCGACACGACGGCCGACUUCACCUGGCAGUCGGAGGCGUGAGCCAUGUAAACUUGAC